GGAAUCGGCAACCUCAACAUGUAGUACAGGGCAGGCUUUGAAUCGACUACAACGCUCGAGAUCAAGUAGCCUGUCAAAAAAGCUAACCCCUUCAAGUUCAGCUUCACUGGCCUGUUUUAUCUUGGCCUUAUGUACAAGCUCCCGCAUGUCAAAAUUUGAUGUUUGUUGUCUCUUGCUCAUUGUUUUCAUAGUAGAAAUUUUACCCGAGUUCUCAUAUAAUGGCUGCUCUCCACUCGUUUUCUUCAUCACUUGCACCUUAAUCCGGUGUCAUGUCAUCUCAAGCCCCACAGACGAAUCUGUCCAUGGAACGAUUUCGCCUUGAUGGAAUGAUGGUAGCAUGUGCAUUCUAUGGCGUAUUCUUUCUCCUUACAGUGCAAGCCUGGAUUGUUCUCAUGCAACAUCCUCGAUAUGGGGGACAAAUUGCAGAUCAUCGUCACGCGCUUCUUUUCUACGUCUUCAUCACGUUCGUAUUGGGGACGAUAAGCUUUGGUAUGAACGCAAAGUAUACAGAGAUGAUUUGGAUCGAUCUUCGUGACGCGCCUGGUGGUCCGCUUGCGCUAAUCGAGGGCUUCAUGAGUUAUCGGAUUAAUUUUAUAGCGCUUACCACUGGUCACAUUCAGGGGUGGUUCAUGCAAGCUCUGCCCCUCUACCGAUGUUUUGUGAUAUGGAAUUGGUCAAGGUGGGUGAUGGUCCCAAUGAUCACACUCUAUGUUGCCAUGAUCGGUUUGUCUAUCACUGUCCUGUACCAGGCGGGGACCAAUGGUUCAUUUUACAACAACCCCAUCGAGCUCGCCUACCUCUGCAUCGAAGCCGGGCAGACCGUGAUUUAUACCAUUCUCGUGACGAAUCGCUUGUUCGUCAUGCGAGGGCGUAUGAAGCAGAUUAUGGCCCAAUAUGAUUCCAGCACAUACGAUGCCAUCGCCCUCAUGGUCAUCGAGUGUGCGGCGUUAUACUCGGUCUUCGCUAUUAUUUUUAUAGUGUCCUUUGGUAUGCAUUCUGACGGUGUUGUCACUCUAUGCUUCCUGUCUAUUGGCAAAAUCCAGGGCAUCGCUCAAUUGUUCAUCAUUAUUCGUGUUGCACGGGGGCGGGUGGUUACACACGAGUGGUCCACUCAAGACACUGCAAUAAUUACAGCUAUAGCAUUUACAGGGACUGUAUCGGGCAUUACAGAGGGAACCGACAAUGAACGAAUAGGCAGGCCAGAGCGAGACGUCAUUCAGUUGUAUGGUGAUUCCGACUCGGAGAGGGCAGCGGAGGUUUCAGUGUCUGUAGCCUGAAAUUGGUUUGUAUGAUAGAUUAUUAA